AUGCAUAAUUUCAGUUAAUUUAAUAAACUGUUCAAAUGUACUUCUUUAUAGUCUCUUAUUGAAUAUGCAAUAAUUGUUACGAUUGUUAAUAAUGAUUGUUUUUAUACGUGCCAAUGAGAAAACAUAAUUGGGGAUUGGGGGCUUUGGGCCCGGAGUAUAAAUUAGCCAGGGGGCCCAAAAACCCUAGCGGUGCCCCUGGCUAAAAAAUAUCACCUCAAGUGGAGAUCAAGUCCGUGUAAAUCACCUGACUCGACUGUCACUGAUAGGCUGCUUCACAGGAUCCCAUCCCUUCUCUCUUGUCCUGAGUUCUCCAUUUCACAACAUUAAAUGUAACUAUCAACAGAACUACGAAUAGAAUCAGCAACCUUUGGCAAAUUGCCGUGGUAUAAGUGGAGCAAAAAACUUUGGGACACGUUGGCUCUUGGAAAAUAAUCAUCUUUGGGGUGGUCACAGUGUCUCCACUUCUUCACGCCACCCCAGCGUUGAUUAUUUUCCCAGACCAGCGUGACUAUAAGUUUCUAUUCCCUAAAACACACGCACCUUGGGUCAUAUUGUAAAAUCAACAUUUACUGGGCCUUGAGACCUUUGAACCGCACAUAGAGUCAUUACAGUUUAUGACAAGCAGUGCAAUAAGAGCUAUAGAUGGAGAUAGAGAGGGAGGUAAGUGUGUGCGUGUGCGUGUGUGUGUGUGUGGGGGGGGGAUUAUGGCCAGCCCAGAUUGCUGUUCCCUCCCUGUACUCUUCCUCACAUCUCAUCUGCAGUGUAAGGUUCACUGGGCACGUAUCGAGACACAGAAGACACACUGGUGGACGAUAUGAACUUCUUCUGCUCUGUACUCUGUAUUCUGGCCUGCGUGUGUGUUCACACCGUACAGGCCGCUAUCGGUACCUCAGAGAUAAACUGUGCAGGUGGAAGUACGUUCGACGUGGGUUCUACUACAGAGGGCUUUGAAGGAGAUGUUGAGAUCCUGACGAAUAUCAGCCCCGGGGAGAACCUGCAGCUGGAGGCUCACCACUUCUCCAUCGGUAUAACCUUUCUGGAGCUGGUCCAUCUUCCUGGAGAAACGACUGCCACCAUCAAAACUACAAAACCUCUCGAUGCUGACGCUCUGAGCGAGUCUGGUGGAACUUUGUACUAUAUAGUGAAAUGCAAAACCUUUAAGAACACUCGGACCCUUACUGUUGCGGACAUCAAUGACAACGCGCCAGUUUUUGAUCAGAAACAAUACACGUCUACCGUGUCAGAGACGGAAGGAGUGGGUUUCCAGGUCCUGAAGGUGCGAGCGGUCGAUGCUGACGCUACACCAGCAAACAGCAUAGUGACUUAUUCCUUACUGUCUCCAGCUCCGCCUGAGUUUGAGGUGCGGAACGAUGGGACCAUCAGGUUACUCAGUCGGCUGAACUACAACGUCGCCAGUCUCUACAACUUCACUGUGAAAGCUGUGGAUAGUGGGGGUCUCUAUGACACCACCACUGUCAUCAUCAACGUCCAAGACUUUGACAACAUGAACCCGUAUUUCGACCACGCUCUGUACCAGGCAUCCGUUCCUGAGAAUCAGGUCGGAACCUUCACAACGGUCACGCCGGAGGCUAUAAAAGCUCGAGAUGGAGACACGGGAAUCAAUCAGACUGUAGUUUACGACAUAAUCAGCGUCACUCCAAGUAAAUAUCAGCCCAACUUCGGCAUCGACCAGAACACCGGGGUCGUCUCAGUGACGACGGCGUUGGACAGAGAGGAAAUAGAAACCAUCACACUCCAAAUACAGGCAGCUCAGGAGGACGACAGUACUAAAACCGCCAAUGCUGUUGUGCUCGUCUCCAUCGAGGAUGUGAACGACAAUGCACCGGAGUUUGACCAGAGCAACUACACUGUGGUUAUUCCGGAAAAUUCCCCCCGAGACCGCUUUGUUCUUCAGGCCAAAGUCACAGACCUGGAUCAGGGAGGUUUUGUGGGAACGCUGAGGCUUGUUCCAGAUACAGUUCCUUUCUCCAUCAGUCCAGACGGAUCCAUCUGGGUGAAGACGUCCACCGAGCUGGACAGAGAGACCACCCGAGACUUCACUUUUCAGAUCGAGGCAAGAGAGGACCCCCCCUCCACCCACAGCACGACGGCCAGCGUGAACAUCACCCUCUCGGACGAGAACGAUAACAGCCCAGUGUUCGGAAGCACCAAGUAUGAGGGCAGAGUUCCCAUGGAUCAGACCGUUGGCAUGCUUGUUGUCAAGGUAGAAGCAACAGACCUAGACGAGGGACCGAACGGGCAAAUCAGAUACUUCAUCAACUUUGGGAAUGAAGAGGGCUAUUUUGGCAUAAAUGAAAACACAGGCGAGAUAUCGUUAAACAAGACCAUCCCACUUCUGGAGAACAAGAUCCUCCAGUUUUUCUUGUACGUGACUGCAAAAGAUGGGGGCAGCGUGAGCCUAUCUUCCUCCGUUGUCGUGGACAUUAAGGCACCUGGAGACUCUCGUCCACAUUUCCUUCAGAAAACAUAUCAAGGGAAAGUAGAGGAAGAGGAAGAGGCGGGGGCGGAGAUUGUCAAGGUGACGUUUUAGAUUCCACACUGCAGAUUAACUAGAGAUGGCAUGAUACCAGUAUUUCUUUUCUGAUACUCGUACUGGAACCUUGAGUAUCAGCUGAUGUCGAUACCCAUCUGAUAUUUUUACUAUAAAAACGUUUUUGUUUUUUUUUUCCUGAAGCACUUCACGUAAUAAAAUCAAUCCGAACAACAACAAAAAAUCUCUUAAAAGUAUUUUUUAUAUGUAAACAUGUCC